UUCCACUCCCCGUCUCUCUCUCCCUCCCCCUCUCGCAGUCAUCUCUCCGACCUUCGUCCUUUCUUAUCUUCUCCAUUUCUCAUUUCCGCGCUCUCCUCUUCGUUCCAUUCCCGAAGCCGUGCAGCAGGCGCCACCAGCUUGUGCGACGAGGUCUCCGACCAUCUCAGCCGGGUGAAAAGACAUUUCUGAGAGCGAUUCCUGAAGGUUGAGUAAAUUACGUUGUUGCUCUUGGAUUUACUGGCAAAGCAGCCAAGGUCGUCGCAUCCCCGUACUUUCGCUUUCUUGUUCAUCCUCUUCGAAUUGGGAAAACCCUCUGCGGAAACCGUCUCUGCUUCAUCCCCUCCUGUUGACGUGCAGCAGCAGCAGCAGCAGCAGAAGGAGGAGGAGGUGGAGGAGGACGAAGAGGAGGGGAAGAGAUAAGGAGAUUGCUUGAAACAGGCGCGUAAGGCUUUGGGUGCUUUUCUUGACGACGCCUCAAAUGGGGACAGGAGGGUGGGAGGCAGCGACCGAUGGCGGCGGCCGCACCCGGGCAGUUAAACCUCGAUGAGUCCCCUUCGUGGGGAUCGCGGAGCGUCGAUUGCUUUGAGAAGCUCGAGCAGAUCGGUGAGGGCACCUACGGUCAACUAUACAUGGCCAGGGAGAUCAAAACAGGCGAGAUUGUUGCUUUGAAAUAGAUACGCAUGGACAAUGAGAGAGAAGGAUUUCCUAUAACCGCUAUACGUGAAAUCAAAAUUUUAAAGAAACUUCAUCAUGAGAACAUCAUUCAGUUAAAAGAGAUUGUGACAUCUCCAGGACCAGAAAAAGAUGAACACGGAAGGCCAGAUGGCAAUAAAUACAAGGGAAGCAUUUAUAUGGUAUUUGAAUACAUGGACCAUGAUUUGACUGGGUUAUCAGAUAGACCUGGAAUGCGGUUUACAGUUCCCCAGAUAAAGUGUUACAUGAGGCAGCUGUUAACGGGACUUCACUAUUGCCAUGUUAAUCAAGUUCUUCAUCGUGAUAUUAAAGGUUCCAAUCUUCUAAUUGACAAUGAAGGGCAUUUAAAGCUUGCAGAUUUUGGCUUGGCUAGAUCUUUUUCUAGUGACCAUAAUGGAAAUCUCACAAACCGUGUGAUAACUCUUUGGUACAGACCUCCAGAGUUGCUGCUUGGCUCCACUAAGUAUGGGCCAGCUGUGGACAUGUGGUCGGUUGGUUGUAUUUUUGCUGAGCUACUAAAUGGGAAGCCAAUCUUGCCUGGAAAGAAUGAGCCAGAGCAGUUGAAUAAAAUAUUUGAACUAUGCGGAUCACCUGAUGAGGUUAACUGGCCGGGAGUUUCAAAGAUUCCUUGGUACAAUAAUUUCAAGCCUUCAAGACCAAUGAAGAGGCGUCUUAGAGAUGUUUUUAAGCACUUCGAUCGACAUGCUUUGGAGUUGUUGGAGCGGAUGCUAACUCUUGACCCAUCUCAGAGGAUAUCUGCAAAAGAUGCACUUGAUGCUGAGUAUUUCUGGUGUGAUCCGUUGCCAUGUGACCCUAAAAGCUUGCCCAAAUACGAGUCAUCUCAUGAGUUCCAAACCAAGAAGAAAAGGCAACAGCAAAGGCAGCACGAAGAAACAGCCAAGAGGCAGAAAUUACAGCAUCCUCAACAGCAUCAACGUCUGCCGCCAAUUCAACAGCCAGGGCAACCACAUAUGCAAAUCAGGCCUGGCCCUAACCAACCCAUGCAUAAUGCCCCACCUCAAGUUGUUGCUGGGCCAAGUCACCACUACAAUAAGCCUCGGGGACCUCCAGGAGGACAGAACAGGUAUCCUCAAGGCGGAAACCCAAGUGGUGGAUACAAUCCAAAUCGUGGUGGCCAAGCUGGUGGAUAUGCUACUGGACCUUAUCCACCUCAAGGCCGAGGUCCUGGUUAUGCUGGAACCAGUAUGCCUGGAGGUGGCCCUCCUAGAGCUGGAGCUGGUGCCUAUGGCGUCGGGGCUCCAAAUUAUCCCCAAUCAGGUCCUUAUGGCAAUUCAGGUACUGGUCGGGCGCCCAACAUGAUGGGUGGUAAUCGGAAUCCACAAUAUGGUUGGCAACAGUAGUCUGGAAGCAAACUGAAGCAUGAUCUGUCCAAUAUAUCUGUGCACUUGACUGGUGAUCCUACAUUCUGAAGAGAAGGGCUCUGCCAGGGACUUUCGCUUUCACCUCAAGUGGGUCGAUGGGAAUUGGUUUAAUGCAGCAGAGGAAUUCCUACAAACCGGUGUUGGAUAUUUAAGAAUAUCCCUUGACCUGGACUUAAUUCACGCACUUGUUUUCAGUUUUAUAUGGAGAAAAAGGAGAUGGUUAGGUAUUUCAUUACUAUGCUGCUCCUUUGUCCUGCAGACAGAAAUAGGGAAACAAGAAUGUGUGAUUUGCUCUUCGAAUGUUUAUCAUAACUUGAUUGGGGAUGAUGAACUUGUCAGUAUAUGGAUGGGUUUUGUGGGUUUUGUCUUGUGAGUAGAAUUUUCCUAGUAGCUAUGCAGUCCAAUUUCAUGAUAUUUCUGGUUUACUUUUUGUAAGUUCAAAUAUCGUGCCUGUGUUAUAAUCAUUCACCACUAGUCUCUUUUAUUGUAUUUACAUUCCUCGGGGCACGUAAUCUGUUGGUUUUUUAGUUGAAUUGCAUGCUCCAAGUACAAUUGUUGGUACACUUCUAUGAAAGUUUGGGAUUUGAACUUAAUAUCUAGUGAAUACAAUCAAUCCUGUCUCAUUUUUUGCA